AUGUUACUUAACUUUGUACAGUGGAUUAGAUUCUGCAAGUGUAAUGAUAUACCUUUGACUCAGGCCUUCCAGAAGGAAUUGAGAUGUGCCAUCUGUAUAAAUACUUUUAUAGAGCCAGUCACCCUAGAGUGCGGAUACAGUUUUUGUCGACCUUGUCUCUGCCUCAGCUGGGAAGAGACCCAGAUUCCAGCCAGGUGCCCUGUGUGCAGGGGACCCUGCCAGCAGAGAGACCUCAAAACCAACGUGGUUCUCAGGAGCCUGGUGGCCAUUGCCAGAAGAGCCAGCCUCAGGCAUUUUCUGAGCUCUGAGGAAUACAUGUGUGGGACACACAGGGAGACAAAGCAGAUGUUCUGUGAGGUAGACAGGGCCCUGCUCUGUAGGAGCUGCUCCCAGUCUCAGGAGCACAGGGCUCACAAACACCAUCCCAUAGAUAGGGCUGCUGAGGAGCAGAGGGAGAUGAUUUCAAAGCAGAUGCAUGCUGUAUGGGAAAAGACUCAAGAAAACCAGCACAAUUUAUAG